UUUGAAGGUAGAGUGCUUCUGUACGCCAAAUUCGUCAGUACGGUCUGUAGCGUAAACGUUACGCCUAAAAGAAUAUAAAACUGUUAGGCCUACUUUAUCCUAAGUUUUAAUUGUUUAUUUAUUUAAAAUUAACCGGGCAAAUCGGAUUGUCAUUGAUGUCUUCUGCGAGACAAAGCUCUAGUCAAGCGUGUAACUGAAGUUGGAGUUUGAUUCCGUUUGUUCGGGUUGAUUUCUGUGGCUCAAAUGCGGUCCGGGCAAAUCUCUCCUGAUCUUUGCUCACAUCGCUUAACUUUACUUUGAUCGAAUGGGAUCGUUGUGUUUUCAGACAGCGGGAUCCAACUGUUCUGGGCAGAGACAUGUGGAAAUCGUGAACUUGUGGGUCUUCAUGUGUAUUUCAAGAUCAGAUUCAGGAUAUACGUGUGGAUUUUGGGAUUGAAUCUGGACCAUGGGCUCUCUGAAAGCUUUGCAGGACUGGUGCAGGAACCAGUGCGCAAGUUACAACAAUGUGGACAUUACAAACAUGACUUCGUCCUUCAGAGAUGGACUGGCCUUUUGUGCCAUCAUCCACAGACACCGACCAGAUCUCAUAGAUUUUGACUCCCUCUCAAAAGAAAAUGUCUUUGAGAACAACCGUCUGGCAUUCGAGGUUGCAGAGAGAGAGCUGGGGAUUCCAGCCCUGCUGGAUGCAGAAGAUAUGGUGUCUAUGAGUGUGCCUGACAGAUUGAGCAUCAUUACCUAUGUGUCUCAGUAUUAUAACUUCUUUACCAACAAAUCUCAUACUGUCUCCAAAUGCAUAAAGAGCCCUAGCAGUUCUGGCUAUAUCAGAUCAGCUAUAAAGAGGCCCUUGGCUUCUCCAGAGGACCGUGAUGCUCAUAAUGAAUCGGGUGCAGAUAUCCAACCAAAACGCAGUACUUUGAGCAGCACCUGUUCAGCCUGUGGAAAACAUGUUCAUCUGGUUCAGAGAAUCCUUGUUGAUGGCAAACUUUACCACCGGAACUGCUUCAGAUGUAGGGAAUGCAGCAGAACUUUACUGCCAGGCUCUUACAAGUUCACAGAGGAUCCUGGAGCAUUGGUUUGCACACACCACUUCACCAGAUCGGCCUCCACCAAUCAGAAUGGACAUUCAGAUAUGAGUAAUCGACUAGCCAAAUUAACCACAAGCGCAGAAGAUCCACUCUGUGGAAAUGAUUCUGAGAUCUCUCCACAGAGAGACGAAGAGAAAACAAGUGAACUAGAAGAAAGGUUAAGAAAGCAGACAGAUAGCAAAUCAAAGGUGGAGACGGAGGAAGGAGCAAAUCCUUUUGAUGAAUCUGAAGAGGAGGAUCGGGAUAUUCAGCAAGAGGACCUGAAGUCAGCUACUGAUGUGGCCAAUGGCGAUACCCCAUCAACCUCGGUAAAGAGUACUGCAGCAGAGAGUCGACCGGUACCAGCCCCUAGACGGGUUUUGGAGCCCAGUCCUGCUCCUCGCCCUGUCCCAAGGCUACGCAGAUCCAGAAUCUCUGAAAGCAUUACUGUAAAUGGAGAUCCUGAUCAAACUCAAACUCCUCAAGUUCCUGUGCCAAAAGAAAGAAUGCACUCUCCUGCUCGCAAAGCUGGUGACACUCCUAAACCAAAGGACCCGCCCUGGUUGGCUCUCGUCCAGUCAGAAACUAAGAGAAAACCAGCACCUCGCCCACCCACAGGCACAGCUGUACCUCCCAGUACUGGUGCAUCUCCUUCUCGAAAAGAGGAGACAUCAAGACCAUCCACUCCACCAAAUCCAUUUGAAAAUGAGGAGGAAGAAGAGGAGUCAGAACUGGGCCCUGAAGAUGUCCCUGGUCCUGUAGUGGCUAGUCAUCCUUGGUAUGGGAUCACUCACUCUACUGAGGUCCCAGGUGGGGAUGCAGGAAAACAAAGUCCUGCCCGAUCUGAAAGUCCCAUAAGUAUCCGAAGAAAGAAGCGUCCAGCACCCAAAGCUCCUAAUUCUUCUACAUCAGCUUUUCCUUCAUCUCAGACUUCCUCUCCUGCUUCUUCUCUAGCUCUGAGCACAGAGAGUCUUUCCUCCUCUUCCUCAGACUACAGUGCAGUCCCCCAGAAAGCUGCUGCUAAUGAGCAGGACCACUUGUUCACCAAGAGUGUGUCUGAACCAUCGAUCAACACUCCAGCCUCUGCCUUGUCUCAAAAAGCUGAGCUUCAGCCUCGCUGUUCUCCAAACCUGUCUCCUCCACCUCCCCCACCGACCAAUACCAGCUCAGCACCAGCAACUCCACAAACCAAUCGCAGUGCGAGACCACCCAGCCUUUCUGCCGGCCUUAAAAUUACACCCACUUCACAGACACCUGGAACUCCAGGCAAGCGCACCUGUAAAGAGAAUCCAUUCAAUCGGAAGACAACCACCUCUGCCAACUCUUUCGUGUCCAGACCUCCAAAAGGACCCCGUCCUGCAAGACCUCCUGCUCCUGGACAUGGAUUUCCUCUAAUUAAACGCAAAGUUCAGUCAGACCAGUUUAUCCCAGUAGAAGACAUCCAUGUUGAGAUGAGUGAUCUGGAGAAACGGUUGGAUGAAUUGGAACACAGAGGGGUGGAUUUGGAGAAGAGCUUACGAGAAUGUUCAAAUGAUGAGGAGGAGGAACAUCUACUUGUUGACUGGUUCACCCUGAUUCACGAGAAGCACUUACUAGUACGAAGAGAGGCUGAGCUUGUUUACACAGCUAAACAGCAGAACCUGGAGGAGAGGCAAGCCGAUGUCGAAUAUGAACUCAGAUGUUUACUUAACAAGCCAGAGAAAGAGUGGACAUCGGAAGACAAAGACAGGGAAAAGCAGUUGAUGGCAGAUCUCGUUACUAUAAUUGAGCAGAGAAACCAAAUCGUAAACAAUAUAGAUAUUGACAGACAGAGGGAGGAGGAGGAAGACAAGCUAGUAGCUGCUAUGCUGAAGAAAAAAGACUUUCAUGGUCAGGGUGAGCAGAAGAAGAAGUCAGGGAAGUUUAAGCCAAUGAAGGUUCUGAAGAGACUGAGCACCAAGAAUGAAGGAGUAAAAGACAACAGUCCCCGAAAAGAGAACAGUUGAAGAAUGGACUGACUGAAGGAAAGAAAAAAGUACUAGGAACAUUUACUAAAUGUUUCUUAUAUCUAAAUAGUGCUUUUAAAAAAACUAUUGCUAUAAAACAGAGCUAAUUUGCCUUUUAGGUAGUAGCGGCUGAGUUGUUAAGCCGAGUUCACAAUUCAAGCGUGAGCGGCACAUGAGCAGUGCGUCAGCGUUUGUGGCUCAGUCCUACAAACCAAAUGAAAUGCUACAUGUUAAUUAUUUAUCUGAAACAAAUAGUGUUUAAUCCUCUUUAUUUUAUGAAAAUAUUGAUUUAAGAGACUGAAUUUAUCAAAUUUGCAUUUCACAAAAGGUAUAUAAUAUAAUACAAUACAUAAAUUCA